AUGUAUGUUCAUAUGUAUGACAAACAAUUCCUGCUAUCGCCACUUUGCCUUUUCAUUGACGCGCAGCCAAAGUCAUAUCGCUGGUGGAAACCAUUCGUACGUACCUACACAUGUAUGCACAUACAUACAUACAUACAUACAUACACAUAAACACAAUUGUUGCAAAGAGUGUUGUUGUUUUUGUUAUUACUUUGUAUUGUAUGCUGCUGUUUUGUCGCCAUUACCUUUGUCGUCAUCACCACAGCAACACUGUUGUCAUUGCCUGCGCCCGGUACGUCGUUAACGUCCGGUGCGCCAAGAUACGAUGUACAUACAUACAUGCAUACAUACAAUAUACAAUAAAUAUACAAAUGUACAUAUACCUACUGGUAUGUAAGUGCGUAUGAAGGUAAAAUAUCAACCAUGAAACGACACAAACAACGUCGACGCUAUUGCUUUUGCUUUCAGCGACGCCAGCAGUGCAGCUGGCGUUCGUGUGGUGUGAGCAGCUAAUUCAUUGUUGUUGAAUUGGCCUAUGCCAGGUAGUGUAUUGCUGCGAGCAAGUGUCGCGUGUUCGUAUGUACACAUUUGCAAUUGUUCCUACAUACAUACAUACAUAUCUAAAUGCAAAUAUGUCUGUAUGUAAUGUCAGUACUCUUACUCUGCUUACAUAUGUAUAUUUUCAUUAAUUGUUGUUAGUGGUCGUCGUCAACGCGUCAUCGCUUUGACUAAACAUACAUACAUACAUAUAUACUCUGUGGAUAUGUAAGUAUGUACAGCCAACCAACCAACAGUUGUUGACGUUACUGAAUGUUUUCGUUCAGUUUUUUGCUCGCCCAUUUUUGCUGCUGCUGCCAGCGCUGUUGCUUGCUGACUCUGCUAUUCGUACACACUCGUGCGCUCUUUUUUGCUGCCUGCUUGCCUGCCUGCUGUCUGUCGUUGCUAUACACCGCCGCUCUCUCGCCGCAACCACUUUGCUGCAGAUAAUGCGGACCAGCAAUCGCUGCCGUCCCUGUCGCCGCUGCCGCCACCACCGCUGCGACGCAAUUCAACUGAGCACAGCUGAGUGAGCCCGACACAGCGCACUUCAUGUUCAGUUGCUCGUCUACCGCUAUAGCUGUUGCUCGCUUUUUAUUAAGUAUUGUCGACGUAUUUUUGUCGUAUCGUCAGCUAAAAACGCCAGUUUGUGUGCGCGACGUUUGUGUUAUCUCGUACCUCAAUAUACUAUAUACAUAUAUACAUACAUAUGUAUGUACUUACAUACAUUCGUGUUAACAUUCGCCUCUGACCACCACACCACGAUUGCAAGUUGCUGCUGGCGCUGCUGUGAAAUUGCUGUUGCUACACCGACGCCGACUGUUGUUGGCUGUUAGGUGAUUUCAUCAUUAUCGUCAUUCGAUCUUGAGCGACGCGAAGUGACGGUUGCGCGCGGUGUUUACGCUUAGCUAUUGACAAAGUGAAAGAUAUAUAUACAUACAUACAUACAUAUGUAUUAGAGUGUACUGCAGCAACAACUGUUGCUAACUAGGGGCUGUGCUAAAUUAAAAAUCAAAAAUUUUAUAAAACCAAAUACUAUUUCUCUGCCCGGUGCGCGUCGGGAAUUUAAUAAAAAGAAAACAAGCAGCGCGGCCACAACGCGUUAGACCCAAUAUUGAGUUUUGAGAGUGUUUCGUAUACAAAGUGUGCGCGCGUGCAUUUUCUGUUCAUUUAUUUGUACUCUAAAACAACAACAAAUAGAUAAAGAGACAAAAUGAGGCUAUCCUCGUCAAAUAGCAACGAUUCCAAACCGGAUAAUUACCAAACAAAUGCAAAAAUUUGUCGUCUAGUCGAGCGCUAUCCCUGCAUGUAUGAUCGCUCGCAUCCGCAUUACCUGAAAAAGGAUGUCGUCGAUAAGGCGUGGGUGAAGAUCUCCAAGGAAAUGGAUGACUCAAUACCAUCAUGCAAGGAGCGCUGGCGCAACAUACGCACAUCAUUUGCGCGUUCCAUCAACGUCAAUAAAAUUCCGUCCAGCGCUAAUCGUACCAAACCAUAUUACCUACACGAAGAGCUACAAUUCCUCGCCUGUCACAUCACACCCGGCAUACCGGUAUCGCGUCGUCCCAACUACUAUACAACGGCCGAUGAAAAGAGUGAAAUGAUUGAGGUGCCAAUAGGCGAAGAGUCCUUUGAUGGCUUUGUUGCGAUGGCGAAAGAGGAGGAGGAGGAACAACAACAGCGCAUCAAUGAUGAGAGCGAUUCACGGCAGGAGCGUGCGCCGAGCAGUAGUGCAGAUGAAGCCACACAAUCAGCCAAGGGUGAACCAAUACAGAUAGCCGAGGAGAUGCAUGUAGAUGGCAAUGAACAGAGGAUACCAGUACAAAACUCGCCACUACCACUAUUGGCUCAACAGCCACAACCAUCACCGCAACCAACACAACCACAACAUCUCCACCAACAGCCACAUCAGCAGCAGCUGCAGCAACAUCAACAACAACAGCAAGAGCUUGCUCUUCAACCAUAUCAGCAACAGGCACGGCAAGCCUCACCAAUUCCAUUGCCCAACAGCGCCGUGGAAGUGGAGGUCGGACAGCCUAUGCAAGCCGUAUUGCCCUUGUAUCCGUUCAAAAAGCGUCUGCGCCCCACCGAGCCGCUCAUGUAUGCCGAAGUGGAGCCGGAGCGUGACAUUAAACCGCAACCCAGCGAACUGUGUCAACCCGAGCAGGAUUUCGAUGCCGCUUUUCUGAAAGGUCUCUUGCCCGAAAUGAAGGCGAUGGACUUUCGUCAAAAGAUCAUAUUUAAGAAGCGUAUCUACGAGGUUAUUGGUGAAAUUUUCGAGAGCACAUCCACACAGAGCAACGGCAGCGCAACACGUCGCCUGUCGGCGCAACAAAACAACAGUUUUAAUGGCAGCAACAAUAGUACACCUAUAAAUAGCAACGGUUUUGCGGCUGCUGCUGCCUAUAUCAACGGUUGUACAGCCAACAACAGCAGCCACCGUACAACCACACCGCGACCGACACCGAGCUCAUCGCCCAGCGCUUCGGGUUAUGCCUCGCCAUUGAAUACGCUCAACAGCGCUUCAUCCACCACCAACACCACCACUGCAAUGGGCGUGGUGAAUGCGUCUGAUUUGGCUAUGAUACGUCGGCUCAGCACAUUGCUGCAGAGUCCGGCCAUAGCCUCCAGUACAAAUGCUAUGACGGCUCUACCAAAGAAUGCCACCACCAUUUCAUCAACUGUACGCACCGCUUCGAAUACAUCGCCCGCAACAGUUACGGCGCCAAUGACGCCUGCAAUGGUGAGCGCACAUCGUGGUGCGUUGACGCGUUCCAGCGCCAAUCUACUGCGCACCAGCAUGACAAACGGCGGCUCUGCGGCGACACCAUCUAGUACUUGCAGCUCGCCAGGAGCUAAUAGUCGCGCCGUUAAGCAGGAGUUGUUAGAUGAUUGAGGCAUCUAUCUAGCGGGCAUAUGGAUGGAUGGCUGGAUGGCCGGAUGGAUGGAUGUGUGUUUCCUAGUUAAACGUUUUUUUUAAUGCUUUUGGUAACAUGUAGCUUUAGAGUUUUAAUGUUUAAUUAAUUAAUGUUUAUAUGUAUGUAUGUACAUUCGGUAUGUACAGAAAUGUGGCUAAGUCUCUCAUUUCCAAGUCACGUAUUGUACUUAUUUUGUAGGUUAAGAAAUUAAAGAAAUUAAAUAGAGACAACAACAACAAAAAUAGUUAAUA